AUGCUCGGGCUGUCGCUUGGUCUCGGUCUGAACCUUGCGAGCUCGCUGAAGCGGUACGCGGUGAUUCUGCGGUGGUACUUACUGGCAAGGCGAUACGUGAGCCUGGAGGUCUUCGAUCUGAUCCUGGGUCUGGAGACGCUUACCAAGGUGGGCAAGUUGAUGAUCAUCUCGCUGCCGGGGAUACGGAAGGUCAAGUUACUGAGCAAGCUGCCUUGGUUCCGGGAAGCUCGAGACGAUGGAACGAAAUUCACAUGGAUUGCUUGUGCGCUGUGGAUACUUAUCAACAUCGCAGCGCAGGUGCUCGUUGCGGCUUUGUCGCUCUUCUGGCCUGUCGAUCCUUCCAAUGCAGUUCCGCUAAUGACAUACGGGAAUGUGACUGUAGCAGACCUGCAGGCAUGGAGCCCCGGGGUUACCUUUGACACAGGUGAUUAUUAUGCGAAUACUUCUUAUAUGCAAGCUGCAUCGUUGGCAGGGGUGGAAGGAAGCGUUUACCCCGAGUUUCCGUUGCAUGCGGAGUCACAGACGGAUCUGGGAACUCUUCCAGGCACGCCAUUGUACCACGAUAAUCUUACUGGGGUCUAUGAAUAUCGCUUUUACAAUCGAAAUCCGACAUCCCAAUUUGAGAACUACGCCGUUUCGGGGAGGAAGAUAAGAGCAACCGCCUCGUGCCAGCGACUCCAAUUGAAUGGUAGCACAACGGAUGACUUCCUUAUUUAUGAUAACGGCACGGACGGUAUCACUCGUCAAUACCUCUGGGCCAAGGAAGAGGGUCAGGACUAUGACUAUUAUUGGCUCCCCUCAUACUUGCCGGACGGCUCUGUUAACUGGAUAGCCUCGACAUGGGAAGGCUGUGGACCGCGAUGCACAAACUUUACAGUUUAUCAGCAAGCCAACACGUACCCGAUGAAUAACGUGACCAUCGACGUCUCUUCGUUAUUCCUUUGCAACUCUACAGUCUCAGAGGUUGACGUAGGCGAUUUCUCUGAAUUCCAGAACCUCUCUGAUGAAGACAAGAAGCAUCUGAAGGGUACCGAUGAAUUCGCUAGGAUUGCAGCAGGCUCCAUCGGCUGGUCCGGCUACUACUCAGCUGAAUACGCUGACAGACAGAUCAGACCCUAUCUGCGUGGUAGUAAAUGGAGUCCGAACAAGGUCAUGACCAAGAUUGAUGUGGAGGAGCUGUUGGCACGGUACACGAUCGGUGGAAUUGCUGCCUUCGACGACCAUGGUCUCCGUUAUGAGGUAGCGAACCAGUACGCAGUGCCAACGCAAGGCCAGCAAUUGAACGUGGACUGGCCUUACGUGCUCGGCUUGUUGGGCGGUAUCUGCCUCAUUCAGUUCGCAGCGCUCAUCUGUCUGUUGGCGUUCGGUAACAAGUCGGUUGUUCGAGAUGAAAGCUUCAUGAGCAUGGCCAUGCUUUUGAAGCCCGUUAUGGACCGUAUACCGGGCCAGACGGGAAUGAAUUUAAGCGGCGACGAAAUCAAAAACCAUCCUAAGUUGCUGUGGAAGAGAAUACGCUAUGAUUACCGGGAAGGCAAGGAUGGAGAACCCAAUCGAGUGGAUAUCUUCUUCCAGGGAAGGGACGAUGCGCAGAGUAGGAGGAGCUGGGCCCCGGGGGUGUACAGUUGA